AUGAGUAGUGUUAGAGAGCGGAACUUUUCCAACUCAGGGAAGUACGAGUUCUGGAAGGGAAGUACGAGUAUUGGAAGUAACUCCCAAGGUAACAAUAGUCGAACCUUCAACUCUUCCGACUUACAUUCAUAUUUUAGCUGUAUAAUUGACUUUGGUGCCACUAAUCGUAUGACCUUUGAUUCCCGAAACUUUACGUAUCAUACCUCACCUCACUUGAGCAGUGUGGCCAAUGCUAAUGGUGACUCAAGUCCUGUUACAGGCACAGGAACAGUGGAAUUAACUCCUCUCUCCCUACAUCAUUGCUUACUUGUGCCUUCUCUCCCCAAUAACAUCUUGUCUGUUGGACAAAUAGUCUCACGAAGGAAAUCAUUGGCCGUGCUACUAAGAGAGGCGGAUUGUAUUAUAUUAAUGAUAUUUGUCAAGGCCGCGUUCAUCUUACCAAAGGUUCUGUCAAAGAUCGUCGACAACGCAUUCUACUGUGACAUUCUCGUUUAG